GAUAGAUGAACAUUACACAAAGAAAACACAACUUAAUGUGUCUCGGUUCGAAAAAUAUUUUUUCAGAACAUCAGUUUUCUGGCUUUUAACCAAAAUAGACUCCAGCUCAGGAGGCAGAUGUAAGAAUGGCCGUCGAGUACCGUGCCUCCACCAAGACAGACAUGGACAUCGACGACAGUAAAAUUGCGUACAAACAGUUUUUUUCAGAAGAGAAAUUUCUCACUUCAGUUUAUUCAUUGAGAAACAGGCCUUUUAAGAUUGCUACAGUUUGCCUCGGCGUGCUGUGCGUCCUCCUGGUGGCUGGGCUCGUAGGUCAAAGUGUCCACUAUCAAAAUGUAAGGAAAGGACAUGAGAACAGUCUGAAGACCCUGAGCACAGAAAAAGAGAAUCUGCAACAAAACCUGAAGAACACCCAGAGCGAGAAAAAAAAUCUCGAAAGUUCCCUUGAUCAAUUGCAGCAGCGUAACAAUCGCUUGACACGGGCCAAGGAUCAAAUKCAGACAAACUUAGAUUCCCUGACAAAAGCGAGAUCGGAUCUUCAAGUCAAGCAAAGCCAGCUGCAGGCCAGCCAGGAUGCUGCGAAAAAAGCAGUGGAACAACUAAACACCACAAACGUUCAGCUACAGAAGGACAAAACUGCCCUAACAACAGCCCAGAACAACCUCCAAAAACGAUACGACUCAGUCRCACAAAGAUUUAAAGAGCUGCAGACCACCUGUGACUCUGUGACCCAAGACAGGGACAACCUGCAGAACAAAUACAACAACGUGACCAGAUCCAGAGAGCAGCUGCAGCUGAGUUACAACAACCUGAUAAAGAAGCUUGAGGACCUUCAGAGCAUGUUCAAUUUCUCUAACAGCGAGAAGGACCAGAUAUCCAGCAGCCACCAAAACCUGACCGCGCAGAUGAGAACUCUGCAGGACACGUACAACGCCAUUAAAAAGGCAGAAAACGAGCUUCAGGCGUCGUACAAGUCUGCUCUCACUCAGAAGCAGGAGGCUGAAAGUCUUCUGAAGAACGUGAUGAYGGAGAGGGAUCAGCUGAAACUGAAAGCUGACAGCCUGACGGCUGAGAGGAGCCAGCUGCUGGAGACCAUCAACAAACUCAACACAACCAUUCAAGAUAAAAAAUGCUCUCCUGGCUGGUCAAAGUUUCAGCACAGCUGCUACUACACUUCUUCAAUUAAGAAAUCCUGGAACCUGAGCAGAGAGUUCUGUCAGAACAAAGGAGCUGACCUGGCCAUCAUCACCAGCAGAGAAGAAAUGAAAUUCAUCAACAGUUUGUACAGCAGUGACAAGGAGGCGUGGAUCGGUCUGAAUGAUGGAGGAGUGGAGGGGCAGUGGAAAUGGGUCGAUGGAACGCCUCUGAACCAGACGUUCUGGGCCAAAAACCAACCCAACAGCCACCAGGGGCGGGACCAGGACUGUGUUGAGUUCUGGCACCGAGGAAUAGGAAUUGGGGACUGGAACGAUGAGAGCUGUACUGUGGAACAAUUAUUCAUCUGUGAGACUUAGUGUCACUGUCUGCUAAUGUGUUGUAUAAAGAAAAUAAAUUCACCAAACAUCCAGGAUGUUCAGACAAAAGCAGAAACAAGCAUCAACCGUUUACCGGUUUAGCUUCUUACACCUACUGUAAAACAGCUGAUYUAGACUUUAAUCAAAACCAAAACUCCUAACUUGUUUUCCUGCUGAUUAUUGAUAAUACGGUAUAUUUAAGAUUUUACAGCUGCAUACUUUGACAGUGUUUGUUUUCAUGCUUUCUGCAAACACUUUGCUUCAACUAAAGGCUCAUUUGCAUACAAAGACCUUUGCAAGUAUUUGUUGAAAAAUGAAAAUUACAAGGUGAUUCAAUUAACUUAUUAUUUAUUUCAUGACUGAGUGAUGACAUAACUCACAUCUUAAAAAUUCCUCCCCUUAAAAAACGUACAAAAAGGUAUUUUUUCCCCAGUGUUUAACUUGUUUUUGUGGGCUGGAUGUAUCAGUACUCACAUUGCACUCAAAAACAGCCUGAAAUCUAUUUGUUUAAAUAUUUCAGAACAGGCAGCUGAUGAUUAAAAAAAAUGCUUUGUAAAAUCUGACCAUGAGGAUUUCAAAUCAUAUUAAGUGCAUUUUMACAAGUUUGUAGUUUUACUGUAUAAAUAUUUCUGUCUUUGAUCAGUAUUGAUUUGCAACAUAAUUAUUUUUAUGACAUUUUGUUUAAAACAAAACCAGUGUCAUGAUUAUUUGAUUCAGUGAAUAAACUUUGUUUUUCUUUA